CGGUAUGCACCAGGUAGAGGACCCAUGGCGCUGACUGUGGACUCCUUGAAGAGCGACCCAUCGUUCGGGCUGGACUCGAGACGCAGUUGGGUGACGGCGGCAUUUCUGAGCCUAUCCUUGACCAUGGUGUUGGCUGCGCACCAUUCAGUGGGUGUCCUCUUUUAUGGCAUCGUUCACACAUACGAUGUCAGCAGGGAGGAAGCGUCGUGGCCACUUGCGCUGACCCACAGCCUGGCUUUCUUGGCAGGUCCGGUCAUGGGGUAUCUCUGCAGCCGAUUCUCCUGUCAAGUCGUGUUGUUCGUGUCGACUUUAACUGCAGGCGCUUCAGUCUGCUCCUGUUUCUUCGCUGACAGUAUAUUCUCUCUAAAUAUCCUGUUUGGAAUUAUCCACGGAACAGCGGCGUGUGGCGUUCACGUUGCCGUUAGCGUCAUCGUUUCGCAGCACUUUGAGAAACGCCGCACGACAGCGUACAGCGUCAUCUAUACGGCCAUGUGUAUCAACAGCGUUUACCUGCCACCCCUGGCUGAGCUAUUUCGAGUAACGUACGGGGUCCGCGGCACCUUCCUUUUACUCGGUGGCAUGGUUCUGAACUCAUUUCCCCCGGUUCUCGCCGUCCAAAGUCCUGAGUGGACAAAACAGAAAAAGCGUUCUCUUGGCAAUAGCCGUGCGCAAUCAUUUCAAGGACUCGAAUACCAUUCCGAACAAUCACCUCCUGCCUGCAGGUGGCAUACAGGAUGGGAACUUCCCUGAUGACGCCGAAAUGUCGCAUGGCAAAGUGGAGAAAACAAAGUUCGCAGAAGUACCAAUCGAUCAGAAUGGCGACUUUAGCCUCAAGGCCGUCCCUUUACUCUCGUCGAAUAACGAAUUAAUGGCCAAGGACAGCGCAGCCAGUCCAAGUUUUACUCUGAUUGCGAGGCAGUUCAUCAGCAUACCGUUCGCAGUGAAUGCGAUAUCCUUCUGCGUCAUCGGGCUAGGAAUGUCCACAUUUAUUUUGCUUGCUGUGGACAUUGCCGUGGACAGAGGAAUUGCGCCAUCCAGUGGCGUCUUUCUCCUGAACGCUUUCGCAGUGACAGACAUUGUGGCGAGACCGUUAAGUGGCGUCGUAAUUGACUCUGGUCUUUAUCAUUAGAGAGCGUUAUGCUGGCCGGAUACAUUCUCCAAUUCUUGGCGCUCGAACUCUUCGUCUGGUUAGAGUCUUUCCCGCUUAUGCUGGCUUCUUCUGCGCUAUUUGGUGUAAGCAAUGGAUCGAGGGUCACGCUGCUCGCGCCUUGUGUCGUUAAAGACUUUGGAAUUGACCAAAUGCCGCUUGUGCUGGGUGGAGUGGCCUUCUGGAGUGGCGUCGUCCUUCUUACAAGACCAUUUUUGGUUGGUUACUGGAGGGACCACCUGGGAUCCUACGAUGGCCUUCUUCAUUUCGUGGCUAUACUAAACGCUGUUGUUGCGGUCAUGUGGAUGGCGAAGCUUUACGUGUGGAGACGGCAACAGCGGCGUGCAUAAGAAAAUAAAAGCUUGUAUUUAUAAAGGAGAACGUUGCUUUU